GAGAAAUCAAAGAAAAUCUUCUGAAACACCAAAAGCCAGAGUCCUCAUCAAUGAGUAAUGGGGUCAUCGUUGAACUGCAAACAAACUCCCCCAACUGUGCUAAGGUAGUUGAAGACAUUGUGAAGCUCGAGAAGAAGAUAUUCCCAAAACAUGAGUCUCUUGCCAGAUUCUUCGACGAAGAAUUGAAGAAAAAGAAUUCAGGAUUGCUUUUCCUGGACUUGGAUGGUGAAGUCGUAGGCUAUGUCAUGUAUUCUUGGCCCUCUUCCCUCUACGCUACGAUCGCCAAGCUCGCAGUGAAGGAGAACUAUAGAAGACAAGGUCAUGGAGAGGCACUGCUGAAGGCAGCCAUUGAGAAAUGCAGAACCAGAAACAUUCAACGCAUAGGUCUUCAUGUUGAUCCCCUGAGGACUGCGGCUGUGACUCUCUACAAGAAACUUGGGUUCCAAGUUGAUAGCUUGAUUGAAGGAUACUACUCUGCUGAUCGAGAUGCCUACAGGAUGUACUUGGAUUUUUGAUGCGGUUUAUGACAUUUUCUGAAUUAAGUUUCAGAUAUCGUGAUGAUAUAUUUAUAUUAGAGAAGUGUUGGGCUCUUCUGUUGUAAUUUUAUCAUGCCUGUGGGUAAAAACUUGAUGAUGAUGAUGAUGAGUUUAUGGAUCAUAUGCAGGCACAAACUGAAAUAAGAACAAUGAACAAUUGAUUACAUCAAAAGAAUUGUGGCGAUAAGAGGUAAU